CCUGCAGCCAAUAGGGAAAUCCGUCCCAAUUGUAAAGGCGGUGCCAAAGCUUUUCUUGUUCGUGUAGGGACGCCAGGCAUCGCGAACCAAUACCAGAGAAGAAGCGUUACACAUACAGCCAAUAGGAAGCCGCGGAGACGCUCCCGCCCAGAAAGAACAAGUAGUUGCUUCACCGUGACAAUAACAGCAGCGUCCGUGACUGCCGGUCACCUCGGGAAUAUCGAGUUUUCUCUCCCUGCAGCCAUGACGUCAGCGUCCACUAAGGUCGGGGAGAUCUUUUCUGCUGCCGGAGCUGCAUUCACUAAACUGGGAGAACUGACCAUGCAACUCCAUCCUGUGACUGAUUCCUCCCCCGCUGGGGCCCGCUGGACAGACACAGAGAUUCAGAUGUUGCAUUCGGCUGUGAAACGCUUCGGGGAGGACUUAAAUCAGAUCAGCUCAGUUAUCAAGGAGAGGACAGUGGCCCAGAUCAAGUUCGCUGUGAAGAGGAAGAUGUACGAUGAUAAUGGCGUCCCCCUGUCCAGUGACUCCCCAAGGAAAGCGAUAAAGAAAGCGUCGCCCGUCUCCUCUUCUGUGGCCCCCAACAUGUCUGUAUCGGCGCCGCAGGUCACAGGUAGCACCUCUCUCCCCGAGGGCUCGCAGGGUGCCAUGAAGAAGCGCAAGUCAUCAGCAGACGUGACUCUCAGCGCAUUGAAUGACUCCGACGCCAACAGCGACCUGGUGGAUAUAGAGGGCUUGGGCGACAGAAGUACAGUGAAAAAACUCAACUUUGAUCAGGUCUAAACCUGGACCCCAGCUUCAUCAUGAACUCCGGGGACCUGCCGCUCUUAUCUCGCUGAUGAUCCUGACCAGUGUCGCCCUGUGUCUGUGUAAAUAGGAUUUGUAUAAUCCCUUGCCCCUCCCCCCAAGUGCUUGUGAUCGUAUCUGGAGCCCUAGCAGCCCCUCCCUGUUCCAGGAGUUGCAGGGAGUGGCCGCUGGAGAGUUGCGGGGAGUUUGUCCCUUUUAGUAGUGACCAGUGAUGUCAAAUACUGACUGAGGCUUUUUUAUAUUGAUAAGAAUAAAGCGUGUAAAUAAA